GACGUCGCCGCGGGCUGUGGACACGCGCACUCGCGUCCUUGCUGCUGUCGUUCGGUCACAGAGCGCUUCGGGACGCAUGUUCUUCGUCCUCUUAGUGACAUUACUGACGACCUCUAUAUCUGUGACGUGAUAUCUUGAUUAAUUGUUUUGUCUUUUGUGAAAUGGACAUAUAUCAAUAAACAGUUUUGUGUUAAAAAAGGAGUUCCAAAUGUAAAUCUAGUGAAAACAAACAUCGUAAAGUGAUAUUAGCGCAGGCGCGCUUCUCGCGGACAUGACGAAAGCGGCCAUCUUGCUCGAGGACGCAGUUUCGCCUCGCCCAAGUGUACGAAUUUAAACGAAACAUCGCCAACAGGAUAUUUCAGAAAGGAAGAUGCGUCGCGGCACCUCCUUAGCGGUGGGAGCUCCCUGAGGCCGCACCGCUUCGCCGCUAUCGAUCCGGCGGGGCGCGAUGGCGCUCUCGGAGUGAAUGCGGAUAUCGGGUCUGUGUCGCAGUUUCUGCGUGCUAGUGGAGCGCCAGUUAAGUGAGCGUGCUAAAGAGGUCACCCGGUAUGUGAAACAUCGCGAUAUCUACAGAAGGGCGCGCGGGCGGCGGCGGGUCCGGUUGACCGCGCGCCAUGGGCGAGGAGUACGCGCGCUCCCCUUGCGAGCGCUUCCCGGCUGUGGGCGCGUUCAGCGUGGCGCCGCCGGAAAGGCUCAGCCCGCCGCCGCCCGCGCCAAUACCGGAUCGGUUUUCGGCGUCGCCGCGGCGGGUGCGUCGGAGUGCAGAAGUCGAGCGUGCACGAAGACCUCGAUAUGUGCCACCUGCAGCACACGUACCCGUCGAACGGUACGUGCCGCGACCUCCGGUCCCAGUGCGUCCACCACCACCAGUGUACUGUGGAUUGGCGUGCAGGCCUCCUCCACCAGCAUCACGCAAAUGUUGCGGACCCGCGUGCCGCGAGGAUAUAGCUGGUUCGCCACCUCCUCGUUACGUGGAUUAUGUUGGAGCCGCGGCCGCGCGCCGUCUCGCUUGCACGCCACCGCCUCCGCCACCUCCAGCUCUCCAGCUACCCUGCGAGCAACAAGAACCACCGUGUUGUGUGCAAGCUCGUCGUCGACCCCAGCCUCCACAUGAUUGGCGUACAAGCGCGGGGCUUCUUGCUCCUCAGCUUACCUGCCAAAGCUCGCCAGGCCCAGCAGCAACAGCACCUCCCCUCCCUCCACCAGCUUCACCUCCCCGUAUCGUGUCAGCUCCCGUUCCGCAGCCACCACCCGAGCCUAUACCCCAACCAGCCCACGAAGACGGCGUGAGAUUACGCCGUGCGCAUACGGUUGCAGUCCGGGAUUACCUAAAAAGAGAAACUCAAACAUUCUUUGGUGUUCAGAGAGAUAAUGAAACAGAACAGAGGCGGUUAUGGUAUGAAAGAAGGAGACGGCAUGCAGCGCGUGCGCUCGGCGACCUUAGGCUCGACUUACCACCCGAUCACCAUCCUGAUGUCGACGAUAUUAGUAUGUAUGGAGCGUCCGGAGCGGCACCGAGAGAGGCGCGGGGGCAAACGCGAGAGCGGCCCGAUGUUCUACCUGCGCCGGCGCCGCUCGAGCCUCCAACGUAUGUCCCCUCUCGCCUUGGGAAGGACAGCGUGGCACGGCUCACUCUUACCGGACUCUCUUAUGUUGUUACUGCGGUUACAAGACGCUCACGCCAGUCAACGACAACGCAAUGGUCACGUUCGUUUCGAGGCAGCGCGAGCAGUCCACACGACGACGUCGACGUAGACGACGUAUUCUUUACCCCUCAAGCCCUGACCUCACCAUUAAAUCAACAUCAUCACGACGAAGAUAAUGUUGAUGGAACCAAAAGUGCCCGUUCUCCAAUCCGGUUGUCAAGCGUGGAGUACCGAAGGCCAGAGAGGAGUGUACAGUGGGGUGCGGGUGGCGUUCGCAUCCAAACCCCCAUGCUAGAACCCUUGGCAGACAAUUCAAAUAGAAGGCAGUUUGGGAUGGGCGUUGUUGGCAGAUUUUUCCGUCGAUCCCUUCGCAAAUCUGUGACGCAUCAGGAAGAAAUUGCACAGCAGUUGGACGAACUAACGGACUACAGGCCAUAUUUUACGUGGUGGGUUAGUACGGUACAGACGCUGGUGUUGCUGCUUUCGCUCCUCUGCUACGGAUUUGGUCCAGUCGGCUUUGGAAGACACACACAUUCGGGACAGGUCCUAGUGAAGAGCCUCAGUUUACAACAGGUUGAAUGGGAGGAACCAGCUUCAUUUUGGCUGGGACCUCGAGCGGCAGAUCUUAUACAUUUAGGAGCUAAAUUCGCACCGUGCAUGAGGAGGGAUGCUAGGAUCGCGCGUGCAAUAGCUGCUUCAGCAAGACGGGAGCGGGAUACGGCAUGUUGCAUACGAAAUGACGACUCAGGUUGUGUGCAAUCUUCCAAGGCCGAUUGUUCGAUUAGAGGAUUAGUGUCCAAGAAUACAAUAUCUACGUGGAAGAAAUGGUCUUCAGGAGAAUCAGGGCCAGGUGGUCGAAUAUCGGGUUCAGUUUGUGGAUUGGAUCCUAAGUUUUGUGAAGCACCGCGAUCAAUAGCUCCACACGAGUGGCCAGAUGAUAUAACGAAAUGGCCAAUUUGUCGCAAGUCUGUUUUGGAUGGCUCAGCUGCUGUUGGUCGUGCUGGUCACGCGGCAGAGCAUAUGGCAUGCGAGGUCAUCGGCCACCCCUGCUGCAUAGGUGUACACGGCCAGUGCGUCAUCACUACGAGAGAGCAUUGCGAUUUUGUUAAGGGUUAUUUUCACGAAGAAGCUUCGUUGUGUUCACAAGUGUCUUGCUUAGAUGAUGUCUGCGGUAUGUUGCCGUUUAUGCGGAGACGUCGUCCUGACCAGUUGUACCGAGCAUGGACGUCAUUGUUUGUACACGCUGGCUUGUUACAUUUAGCAGCCACUCUUGCACUGCAGUGGCUCUUCAUGAGAGACUUGGAGAAGAUGGCAGGUCCAGUGAGAUUAGCAGUCAUCUAUCUGGGGAGUGGCGUCGCUGGUAAUAUGGCGUCAGCUAUCUUUGAGCCGUAUAGAGCAGAGGUGGGUCCAGCAGGUUCGCAUUUUGGUCUACUCGCGUGCUUAAUAGUGGAAGUUAUUGGCGCAUGGCCACUUCUGAAACAUCCUCGACGUGCUCUCUUGAAGCUUGUGGGUAUCGCGUUAGCUCUCUUUCUUCUGGGCCUUUUGCCUUGGAUCGACAAUUUUGCCCACGUGUUCGGUUUCGUAUUUGGUUUUCUGCUCUCGUACGCACUGCUGCCUUUUAUAACGUUUGGGCCUUACGAGAGACGGAGGAAGAUAGUGCUGGUGUGGGUGUGUCUAGUGUCGGCGGCGGCGAUGCUGUGCGCGUUAAUAGCGUUGUUCUACGCAGCACCGGCGUAUGAGUGCGCAGCAUGUGCAUAUUUCACGUGUUUGCCGUUUGCGCCGGACAUGUGCGCGUCACAGGACGUGCGGGUGCGACAGCUGGAUGGCGUAUGACGGCGCGCGGCCCGGGCGCCCCCGCCGCCGCCGCCCCCUCACCCCGCGCCCCAUGCGCGCCCCGCGUCUCUCCAGGCCUGCCGCCGCGUCGCACAAGCAUAAAUCGCUAAGGCGAUCAGUUUUGUCCAAAAUUGGUACUAGUAAGUCACGUGUAAGCGUUUUAUGAUAUUGCGUACUUAUUUGUCCUGAAAAUUGAAAAAAAGUUGUCAUACGUCCUAUGAAUAAAUAACAGUUAAAGUUGAUUAAAACAAGUAUAAAGUGCUAUAAUGCUAUUAUGCUA